GUCAAACUACGCAAAAGGGGGCGAUGACGUUUCAAUGUUGCAGUUGUCACAAAAACACAGAGGUUGUUUAUAAAGUUUCUGGGAGUGUUUGUGCUGGUGCAUCCUGCUUUUCCAAAGUUAAUUUAAGGCUACUUCAACGCACAUCAGCUACCAACUGCAUCCACCAUGAUAUCCGACGUGCAGCUGGCCGUGUUCUGUAACGUGCUGGGGGUGUUCCUCUUCCUGCUGGUCGUUGCAUUCCAUUACAUAAACGCCAACAUGGGAAGCAUGCGAGGCGGCCCAGGAUCAAGGCAUAAAUGAAACAUUCCUACCUAAUCCUGCACCUUUCCCGUGGUUGGAAAAACGACCGCAAGCCACGUGGCAUACAACAAUCCAAACACAAACCCCAGCAACUGCAUCAGAUUCGUUAAUGUGGCUCUAAAAGUGAAACUAUAACGAAUUCUCCUCUCCCAAUUCCGCUCCCAUAAACGAUGAACAAAUAAAAUCUCCUGAUAUACUUACAAAAAA